UUCCGGACGACGCCCUAUGGACAGCACGGGGGUUCCGCACAUUCUGGAGCACACGGUUCUCUGCGGCUCAGAGCGGUUCCCCUGUCGAGAUCCGUUCUUCAAGAUGCUCAACAGAUCACUCUCCACAUUCAUGAACGCCUUUACAGCCAGUGACUACACCAUGUACCCCUUCUCGACUCAGAAUGCAAAGGACUUCCAGAACCUUCUGUCUGUUUACCUGGACGCAGUCUUCUUUCCCUGCUUAAGGGAGCUUGACUUCUGGCAGGAGGGUUGGCGUCUGGAGAACGAGGAUCCACAGGACCCCUCAUCCCCUCUGGUGUUUAAGGGUGUAGUCUUCAACGAGAUGAAGGGGGCCUUCUCGGAUAACGAGCGGCUGUAUGCGCAGCACCUGCAGAACAAGUUGCUCCCUGACCACACGUACGCUGUCGUCUCUGGCGGAGAACCACUGGCCAUCCCCGACCUCACCUGGACACAGCUACGAGAGUUCCACCGCACACACUACCACCCUAGCAACGCCAGGUUCUUCACGUAUGGAGACUUGCCGCUAGAGCAGCACUUAAAGCAGAUUCACCAGGAGGCUCUGGUCCGCUUCCAGCGUACUCAACCGGACACUGCUGUCCCCACACAACAGCUCUGGACCAGUCCUAGAGAAGAUCAUGUGACCUGCAAGCCUGAUGCAAUGGCUCCAGAUCCCACCAAACAAAACACACUGUGUGUGAGCUACCUACUGGGAGACAUCACUGAGGUGUUUGAAGGCUUCGUGUUGAGUCUGCUCUCCUCUCUGAUGAUCUCGGGGCCAAACUCUCCAUUCUAUCGGGCCCUCAUAGAGCCCAAGAUUGGAUCUGACUUCUCCUCUGUGGUGGGGUAUGAUGGGAGCACCAGACAGGCCUCCUUCAGUAUCGGGCUGCAGGGGAUGUCUGAAGCAGACAACGAACGCGUCAAACGCAUCAUCAAUGACACCAUCGAUGACAUCAUUGUAAAGGGCUUUGAGGAGGAGAGGAUUGAAGCUCUGCUCCAUAAGAUUGAGAUCCAGAUGAAACAUCAGUCUUCCAGUUUCUCCCUCGCCUCUCUGAUAACCCCCACACACACACAGCAGGUGCAGCAGGAGGAGGCUAAACUACAGGCCAAGAUCCAGCAGCUCUCCCAGAGUGACCGCCAGCACAUCUACCAGAAGGGUUUAGAGCUGCUGUCGGCGCAGAAUGCUGAUCAGGAUGCUUCAUGUUUACCUGCACUCAAGGUGUCUGAUAUCGAGCCCACCAUCCCACACACACCUGUCCAGAUGGGGUCAGCAGGUGGUGUUCCGGUGCAGUACUGUGAGCAGCCCACGAACGGCAUGGUCUACUUCAGAGCCCUCAGCAACAUCAACACACUCCCCGAAGCCCUGAAGCCCUACGUACCACUCUUCUGCAGCGUGGUCACCAGGAUGGGCUGUGGCCAGCUAGACUACAGACAGCAGUCUCAGCAAAUGGAACUACGCACAGGAGGGAUGUCAGUCACGCCACAGAUUCUACCAGACAGCACGGACCUGGACAUGUACGAACAGGGGGUUCUGCUCAGCUCGUCCUGUCUGGAGAGAAACCUGCCUGAGAUGUUUCAUCUGUGGAGUGAGAUCUUUAACAGUCCUCACUUUGAUGAUGAGGAGCGUCUCCGUGUGCUGGUGAUGAUGUCAGCUCAGGAGCUGGCCAAUGGGAUCUCUCUUUACGGGUCACAUGUAAUUCAUGACAAGUCACGCCUCGUGAGGACCCUGCAGCCUCCUCCAGGAGAUUUCCAGGAGACGCUCAGCGGCAUGGACCAGGUGAAGUUUAUGAAACGUGUGGCGGAAAGCUCGGAUCUGACGUCAGUCUUACGCAAACUUCCCCGCAUCAAGAGACACCUGCUCAACCCCGAGAACAUGAGGUGUGCAGUAAACGCAACGCCCCAAAAGCUGUCAGCUGCAGCAGCCGAAACAGAGAGGUUCAUGGGAAAUAUUGCCAGCACCAGGAAGGAACGCAGUGUGCGCCCUCAUGUCGUCCAGAAACCACUGGCUGCUUCAGGGUCUUCAGCGACUCGCAAACUCAUCUCAGAGCCCAACUUCCAGCCGUGCCAGAUGAAGACCUUCUAUCAGCUCCCAUUUCCAGUGAACUUUGUGAGCGAGUGUGUGCGCACCAUCCCCCUCACACACCCAGACUAUGCCAGUCUGUCCAUCUUGGCACGUCUGAUGACAGCGAAGUAUCUUCACGGUGAAAUCAGAGAGAAGGGCGGGGCCUAUGGAGGCGGAGCUAGGAUGGGAGGGGGAGGAGUCUUUUCCUUUUACUCCUACAGGGACCCAAACUCCAUGGCGACACUCUCAGCAUUCCGUGGGGGCGUGGACUGGGCGCGUGCAGGAAGCUUCUCCCAGCAGGACAUCGACGAGGCCAAGCUGUCCGUGUUCUCCGCAGUGGACGCACCUGUGGCCCCCUCCGAUAAAGGACUGGGCUUCUUUCUGUCGGGUGUGAGUGAUGAGAUGAAGCAGCAGCACAGAGAACGCCUCUUCGCAGUCACACACACCAGCCUGGUGGAUGCAGCUAACAGGUACCUGGGGCUGGGCCAGCGGACCUGUGGAGUGGCCAUCUUGGGGCCAGACAAUGACGUCAUCAGCAAGGACCCGUCUUGGGUGGUCAAAUAGAGCGACCUCACUUCCUGUGCCCAUACGACGCUCAGUUACUUUACUUCCUGGGUCAUGACCUCUGUUGUCGGCAAUGGAUAUCGUGCUUCACAGAAAAGAAAGCCCCCCCAAACUCUCCCUGUCCCGCCCAUAUAUUAUAUUAUCUAUUAUCCCACACACACAGCUCUGAUACCCCUCCCCACACACACACACACACACACACACACACACACACACACACACACACACACCAGUGUCAGAGUUCAUUGGUUCUGUACAACCAGGUAGCUCCUUCACAUAGUUACUGCUAACACACUGGGCUGUGAGCCAACAGCUACACCAAUCUUAAAAUCUAUUUAGCAUGAGGCAAACACAGCAGCAGAUAUGUUGGCCCCCUAGCCUAGCCUAGCGCGGCUCUAAAGAUGCAGCAGCUUCAGGAGUCACUAGCAUUAAGCUAAUUCCAGUGGUACCAGAGGACUUAAGGAGCACAAGUCUACCGCAUCUUUCCCAACUGUCAGCUCAAGACCAGUACAGUAACAGAAGGCACCCAAGCUAGUGAAUGCCUCAAAUCUUCCUGUUGAAUUUUAAUACAGCUACAUGCUACCAGGUCACAAAAUCUGAUAGUAGUCCAGCUACGCUGCUGUCAGCAGUGUUAGCUUUCCCCAGCUUCUCUCCUAGGCUCCAGACAGCUGUGUUAGCUUAGCUUUCCCCAGCUUCUCUGCUAGGCUACAGACAGCUGUGUUAGCUUAGCUUUCCCCAGCCUCUAAGAUGUAGACUCAACCCGACCCAACCAGACUCGGCCCAUGGUGGAGAGGGGGGUCUGGCCCAUGGUGAAGAGGGGGGUCUGGUGAUCCCUCCCUGGGCUGGGGGUGUCGUUGUUCCAAUCCGGAGUUGGGUGUAGGCCUUGUCCUUUUCAGUGUCAUAUACACACACACACACACACACACACACACACACGCAACUUCAAGAGACCAGUGUCAUGAACUUUAACGCACAAACUCGAAGAGUCCGGCUCCGGAGGCAGUGUGUGCUACUCAGAUGUGCUGGGCAGUGUGCGCUACUCAGAUGUGCUGGGCAGUGUGUGCUACUCAGAUGUGCUGGGCAGUGUGUGCUACUCAGAUGUGCUGGGGACUCUACUUUAUAAAUGCCAUAAUGUUACUUUGGACUCAAUAAAUACUAUAGUGUUUACUAAACUAUUGA